AUGGCAGUCAAUGGCACUCAAUGGCAUGCCAUCCCUCCCACCAUGCCCAUCCCUCCCACCAUGCCCAUCCCUCCCACCAUGCCCAUCCCUCCCGCCAUGCCCAUCCCUCCCACCAUGGCCAUCCCUCCCACCAUGGCCAUCCCUCCCACCAUGCCCAUCCCUCCCACCAUGCCCAUCCCUCCCACCAUGGCCAUCCCUCCCACCAUGCCCAUCCCUCCCACCAUGCCCAUCCCUCCCACCAUGCCCAUCCCUCCCACCAUGCCCAUCCCUCCCACCAUGGCCAUCCCUCCCACCAUGCCCAUCCCUCCCACCAUGCCCAUCCCUCCCACCAUGCCCAUCCCUCCCACCAUGCCCAUCCCUCCCACCAUGCCCAUCCCUCCCACCAUGCCCAUCCCUCCCACCAUGCCCAUCCCUCCCACCAUGCCCAUCCCUCCCACCAUGCCCAUCCCUCCCACCAUGCCCAUCCCUCCCACCAUGCCCAUCCCUCCCACCAUGCCCAUCCCUCCCACCAUGCCCAUCCCUCCCACCAUGCCCAUCCCUCCCACCAUGCCCAUCCCUCCCACCAUGCCCAUCCCUCCCACCAUGCCCAUCCCUCCCACCAUGCCCAUCCCUCCCACCAUGCCCAUCCCUCCCACCAUGCCCAUCCCUCCCACCAUGCCCAUCCCUCCCACCAUGCCCAUCCCUCCCACCAUGCCCGUCCCUCCUCCCACCAUGCCCGUCCCUCCUCCCACCAUGCCCGUCCCUCCCACCAUGCCCGUCCCUCUCACCAUGCCCGUCCCUCCCACCAUGCCCGUCCCUCCCACCACGCCCGUCCCUCCCACCAUGCCCGUCCCUCCCACCAUGCCCGUCCCUCCCACCCACCAUGCCCGUCCCCAGGGCAAGGCGUCCACAACCAUGCUGGUCGGGACAACGUCCGACUUGGUGCCGGGAAAAUAUGAAGGUGAGGUGAUGCAUGAAGAUGAGGUGAUGCAUGAAGGUGAGGCGGAGUUUAUCGCUUCUAAAGAACUGGAGGUUGAAGAAAUUCAGGCAGCUGUCGGCACGCAUGUCACGACUCUGGCGCCGAAGAUGGAAGAGUACAUCAAGGGCCUCAGCUCCGACCCCGAUCUGUUGGUUUCUGAUACCGCCAAAAACCGCUAUCGGCGACUGAAGGGGCGGUGCAUCGAGAAGGCUCAAUCUGACAUCGCGGCGGCCAAGGAUGAGAUGACCAUCCGAGAGAUCGAUCGACAGCAUAAGCUGGCGGCUGAGGAUUUGAAGAAGGCUGCUGCAGCUGAGGAGGUGCAGGAGAUGGAAAUGGAGCCUGCGAUUGAGGAGAUUCUGGCUAAGCAUGCCAAGAAGAUUGAAGACAAGCUUCGGCGGGAGAUUACGCAGAAGCUUGAGGCCAGUCUAUCUAAGAAGCUGCAGAAGAAUCUUCACAUCGGAGAGCAGAACUCUUCGCAGGCCGCAUCCGCUGACAAGAAGCAGACGGCUCAACCUGGGAGGCAGGACGGUGCACCUGGGAAGCCUAAGCCGAAGAAGCGGGGUGGUAAGACUCCAAAGAAGCAGAAUUCCAGCGCCGACAAAGAGCAGCAGGCGAAAGGCCCUACCACAUCGAAGGCCAAGGGACCAAAAAACGGCAGAGGCGGCCCCGGAAAAGGGCCGCACAAGAAGUGA